AAGCGCUAUGUGAGUUGAUUCCGGGUUCACUUAAAUAGCGCUUCUAAAGCGCUAUGUUUUUAUUCUCUUAAAUAGCGCUUCAUAAGCGCUAUUACAGUUUCAAAAUUAAAAUUUUCAUUCCACCCGAAAGCCUUUUUCAUUUCGUUCCCCCCAAAAUUUUUAUUCCACCGCCAAAUUUAUCCCCAAAAUUUUCGUCCCAGCGCCAAAUUAAAGUCAUCCCCAAAUUUUUCAACACCGCACUCUCAAAUCCCUAACCUCCUCGUCUUUGCCUCAUCUGACCCUGUCGAAGUCCGACCGUUGUCGCCGGCCAACUCACCUCAUCUUCGCCUCAUCUUCGUUCGUCGGGGACUCCCUCAUCUUCGUCGCGGACCAUCAUACCUCCUCGCCGUCGACAAGGAACGGGAAUCAGUACAUCGGGGAGUGGAGGAGCGGGGUUAUUUUUGGGCGGGGGGUUUUGAUCUGGGCCAACGGGAACCGAUACGAUGGGUUCUGGGAGAGUGGGGUGCCCAAGGACAAUGGGGUCUUCACUUGGCCCGAUGGCAACUGCUACAUCGGCAACUGGAGCGAGCAGGCUCUCACGGGGACCUUUUACCCCAUGGUGAGCGCCGCCAAGAGGUCGUCGUCGGCGGAGAAGGGGGGUUUUCCCAAGAUUUGCAUUUGGGAGUCUGAUGGCGAGGCUGGGGAUAUCACCUGCGACAUCAUCGACACAUUGGAGGUUUACAGAGAUGGGAAGCUGUUGAAUUUGGGGAGGGUGAAGGGGGUUUGGGGGGAGAGGAGGAGGAGCCCUUGUUGUUUCAGGGGCGGGGAGGUGAAGAAGCCGGGGCAGAUGAUAUCGAAGGGGCAUAAGAAUUAUGAUCUGAUGCUGAACCUUCAGCUGGGCAUAAGGUACUCUGUUAGGAAACCGGCGUCGACCCAGAUGAGGGAAUUGAGAGCUGAGGAUUUUGAUCCUAGGGAGAAGUACUGGACGAGGUUUCCUCCCAAGGGGCCGAAGAUUACGCCGCCUCAUCAGUCGGCGGAGUUUCGGUGGAAGGAUUACUGUCCAAUGGUCUUCAGAUUUCCUAAAAAGAUUGGAGGAAACUUGCCUGGAGUCUAUUAUAUACGUGAUGUGGAAUCGGAUAUUCUCCAAGCUGUAUGUGCAGGAAUAUGUGCUUAUAACCAUGCAUUUGUGACAUUGCUUGGUUGAGAAGGGGUUGGCUGAGAGAUUGAGGAUCGGUAGUUUGCUUGAGGAUGGACUAUGAGGUUGGGAUUAACAAAACUAUCACUGUCGAGACCAUUGCCAAUCUCCUUCAGUCUCACAAAGCUGCUGGAAAAUGGAGGAGCAAGCCAUUUCCCCACUAUGUAGAGUUAUGUACUAUAUUUGGCAAGGAUCGAGCCACUGGGAAGAAGGCUAAAACAGCAGUACGUAGAUAUCGUGGAAGAACUUGACUUGUUAGAUGACGCGGCAAGCUUGAAUGAGUCAAAUGCUGAUAGUGGAUCAAUCUCAAGCACAAGCAACAAGAAGAAGAAGAGAAUUAAUUAAUGAUAUUAGUUAUGAUUGUGCUACUAACUAAUUUUUGUAUUUCCAUUUUAACAGUUAUAUAUAAUGUUUUGACUGAAUGAUUGCAAUAUAUAUAUUUUGUAUGAAUGGAUAUUAUUUUUGUCCUUU